AUGUCCAUAUCAAAACUUGAAGAUCUCGCUAAUGAAAUUCUAUUGGAUAUUUUCGAUUAUAUCCGUCCAUUUGAACUUAUUCAUACAUUUCAUAUGCUUAAUAAUCGCUUCGAAAUUCUCAUCACUCAACAAAAAAUGUCUAUUAAUUUAUCUACAAAUCUAUCUUUUAAUGAUUUUAAUAAAUAUUGUUCAAAUAUUUUAAUUCCUUAUUCAUCGUCUAUUCAUGCAAUUUAUUUAUCAAAUGUUGAAACAUGUGGUGGAAUAAAAUUAUUUUUAAUGAAAUUUUCUCCAAUUGAAAUAACAUUUCCUAAUCUUCAUACAAUGUCAUUUAUUGAACCGAAUAUUAAUGAUUAUAAACAAAUAAUAAAAAUACAACAUUUAACAUCGAUACAUAUUAAAUGUAAUAAAAUGUUUGAACAACAAAUUCAUCCAGCUUUUCUUUUCGAUGAUUCUCAUUUAGAAACAUGUAUUCUUUCCUAUGAUGAUGUUUUAUUUGUCAAUAAACUUCGACCAAAUUCUUCUCUUACACGACUUAUUCUCGAUGGAUUUUAUAUUAAUGAUCUUCAUACACUCUUUCAUUUUUUUCCGUCACUUGAUCAUCUUACAGUUCAUCGACUUGCUGUUAAUUUUCAAGGUUUUUUACCACCAUUUAAUAUACCAUUUCAAACUCUUCGUACACUUAAACUUAAUUGUUUAUAUACAGUACGAUUUGAAUAUAUUACAUAUCUACUUUCAUUUUUACCUCAACUUUAUCGAUUUACACUUAUUGCUAUUGGUAUCGAUUUUAUUAAUUCCGAACAAUGGAUUGAAAUUUUAACAUUAUUAAAACAUUUACGUUUUCUUGUAUUUGAUAUUAAAGCUGUGGCAGAUAUAUUUGAUGAUGAACUUGUAUCGUCAUUUCAAACUCCAUUCUGGAAUCAAUGGUCUAUAAGUAUUGAUUAUUCACAAGAUAAUAAGAAAUAUCAUUUAUUUACUGUUCCAUACCGUCGCUGUUCAUUUAUAAGUACAAUUCAUUGUUUACCAAUAAUAGAAGCACCAUACAAUACAUUUAAUUCUGUUACUGAUUUGUAUUUAAAAACGAAUAUGCCAAUGGAGAAUUAUGCUCAACGUACAUAUCCAAAUGUAUGUGCUCUUCAGAUAUAUGAGAAUGCUAUUGUUACUGUUAAUUAUUCAACAUUAUUUACACAACUCUUUACAAUGCUUAAUCUUCAUAAAUUAGUUCAUUUCGAAUUAUUUAUACCAUUACCUACAGAUACAUUUCUUGCUUUAUUGAAAUUAACACCAUGUUUACGAUAUUUCAAAACUGAUUAUGCUAUUCUUAUGACUAUAACAGAUUGUUUUCAAAAUAAUGAUGUUUGCUGUGAAUUACAUGAUAAACUUGAUAAAUUUGUAUUACGUCGUGAACCUUUACCUAUUAUUCAAAGUGAUCGUUUUCUUGAAAUAUUUUCAGAUUUAAAACAUUUACGAAUUAAUUUAAAUACAAUUCAUGAUUUAAGACAAGUUGCUUCGAAAUUUAUUAAAUAUAUGACUAAACUUGUUACAUUACAUAUUUAUCUUGUUGGUAGUAAUGAAUCAACUGAUACACUUGAAUGGGAAGGUAUUAUUAAUAAUAUAAGCUAUGAAAUAGCUAAACGACAUAUUAAAAUUUGGAAAUAA